AGCAGUUCAGUGUGUGGAAUGAGCUGGAGCUGGUGCCAGAAGACCGACUCACAUUUCGUGGUUUUACAGGAGAACUGCCCGUUACUGUCAUGGAGAAUGACAUUGUUGUUUCUCUGGAAGAUUUAGGGUACCAGGGUCCUCUGCUGGAGGAUGGAGCUCUGGAUUCGGCCGUCGACGGUGGAGCAGCUUCACCCGAGUUCACCAAAAUGUGUGCCUGGAUCGUCUCCGAGCUCAGACUCUACUGUAAACUGGAGGAGAAAGUCCACGCCACCAACUGUCCCAGCGAGGCCGAGGGUUUCCAACUGGAGAUGAGUGGUCUGCUGUCCGAGCUGUCCUGUCCUUAUCCGGUCCUCACCGCUGGAGACAUCACCCAGAGGUUCCUCAACAAGAACGACUGCCUGCUGCUGCUCACCUUUUUGGUGUCAGAGCUGGAGGCGUCCAGGAUGAUCCUGGUGACCAAGCCUCAGAAUAAGGCCCAGGAGGUGGGAAGCCCAGUGUUCAUGGAGCUGAAGGGGAUCUGCAUGACCCUGGGAAUGUCCAAACCGCCAUCCAACAUCACAAUGUUCCAGUUCUUCAGUGGAAUUGAGAAGAAGCUGAAAGAAGCCAUAAGUCGAGUGCCACCCACCCAUGUAGGAGAGCCUUUACUGACGAAGCCCCUGGGCCCCGUGCACAUGGAAAAAAUAGAAGCUAUAAACCAAGCACUUGUGAACGAGUACGAGGUGAGACGGAAGAUGUUGCUGAAGCGUCUGGAUGUGACGGUGCAGUCCUUCGGUUGGUCCGAGCGAGCAAAGACUCGGGCUGAGAAGUUGUCUAAAGUCUACCAGCCGCUGCGUGGAGCCCUCAUCACUAACAGUAAAAUGUCCGUCGCUCACCUCCUCGCUGCACGACAAGACUUCUCCAAGAUCCUCCGGACGAGCAGCGGCAAGAUCCGAGAGAAGACGGCCUGUGCGAUAAAUAAGGUUCUAAUGGGCCGAGUUCCCGACAGAGGAGGCCGACCCUGCGAGAUAGAGCCCCCCCCUCCUGAAAUGCCUUCGUGGCAGAAGCGCCAGGACGCCCCCCAGGGUGGAGGACACUAUGGAGGCGGCGGCCGGGGGGGUUACGAUAAUUACUCACAGGGUGGGUGGGGGGGGGGAGGUGGAGGGAGUGGGGGGGGUAGAGGAGGAGGAGGAGGUGGUAGAGGAGGUGGGAGAGGGGGUUACAACCAAGGUCACUAUCAGGAUGCAGGGGGUUACCAGGGAGGAGGAGGGAGGGGGGGGUACAACCACGGAGGCUUCCAGGACUAUCACGGAGGAGGAGGAGGUGGUUACCAUGACAACUACCACCAAGACGGAGGCUGGCAUCAGGAGAGAGGCAGCGGUCGAGGAGGAGGAGGAGGAAGAGGUGGGAGGGGAAGAGGAGGCCGGGGGGGAGGAGGAGGAGGCGGUGGCUGGGGGGGGAGAGGAGGCCAGAGUUUCAACCAAGGAGGACAGUUUGAACAGUUCUUCCAACAUGGAGGCCAACAGUACAGCCAGGCCGGCUUCAACCAGGGCAGGCACUACACCAGCUGAAGCACAGGGGCAGGGGGAGGGGAGGGGAGGGGAGGGGCAGGGCGGCACAGUCCAAUCAGAAGGUCCAGCUCUGAACACAGGACGUCUGAACAACAAAGUCAGUGUCCAGGGGUUUGAUCAGCCUCCAAGAUCUACUCUAGUGUGGAUCACUGAAGUUUGUGUUUACGGCCGAUGAUGGUCAGCGACGAUGGUCAGCAACUGUGGUCAGCAACUGUGGUCAGCGACGAUGGUCAGCAACUGUGGUCAGUGAUGAUGGUCAGCGACGAUGGUCAGCAACUGUGGUCAGCGAUGAUGGUCAGCAACUGUGGUCAGUGAUGAUGGUCAGAGUGGAGGAGCACACAGGAGUACCAGUGUGGACAGUAUGGAGGACAAACUACUGCUAUAUUCAACCACACACACACACACACACACACACACACACACACACACACACACACACAGAGUACUGUUUAAAGUUUUGUUCGUACUUUACAUUAGUUGUUUUUGCAGCGUUUAAAUGAACAUGUAUAUUUAUUUCUCAGUCUCUUUUCUUCAGAUACAAGAAAAUCCAGUAAAUCCAGUAAAUAAAUAAAUCCAGUAAAUAAAUAAAUCCAGUAAAUAAAUAAAUCCAGUAAAUACAUGCCCAGCCUUUGAAAACACAUCAAACAGAACUAAAAGGGUAAAAGGUUAAAGUCAGUGUUUAGUGUGACCUCUGACCCCAGGACAAGAAGCAGCAGAAACAUCUGACAUGUUGAAUGAAACCUGGAAUAAAAGCUCAGAAAGUGAACAGAAGGAUUACAGACAUGAAGGUCAAAGGUCACACUACAUAAAUAUGACCCCUUCAGUUCAGACAAACUGGUUUGAACCUGAACCCUUGGUUUGUACUGAUGCACAUACAGCACUGAAGUAUUAGUACAGUAUUAGGUAUGUAAACCCCCCCCCCAGCCUGAGCGUAGUUUAUUGGAACGCAUCUGAACACGUCAGGUUUCAAACUGGGCUCGUUGUUUCUCCUCCAUCUGAAGGGGACAUCGUGGCCCCCUGGUGGCUGGCUGCUGUAAAAGGCAUAAAUAUAAAAUAUCCAAUAUAAGAAAAAAAAGAACAGCCCAAAAAAUUAUCCACUAUAUAUUAUUUUAAAUAACUUUAUUUUUAAUGUACCGAACUCCACUUCCUGUGGGUUACUUCGAUAGCAUUAGCCUCAUUAGCUGAAGGCCUUAAAAUUUUUCAACCUAUGCUUUUAUUUUCUGUGGUGGCCUUAAUUUUAAAGCAAGAGACCUUUGGGUAAACAGCGCCCCCUUAAUUGAAAAGAUGGAUGAUGAUUUUUUUUCUUAUAGUGUAUCCUUUUUUGGGCCGUUGCACCUCUGGGCCACCGCAUUAACGGGUCCUCAUCGUGGUUUUCAUAUACGGUCUAAGUUUCAAAGUCUCACCAGUUUCAACCUGUAGAACUGACGAGGUUCUAAGAGUUCAGGUCAGAAUCAAAGUGUCCAAACAGCUGAGGUCCACCUACACCUACCGCCUGACUGACCACAGCUGUGUGUGGUAUUUAAAGCUCCGUGUUGGUCCCGCCUCCACCCGUAGCCGUCCAAUGGCUGAUGGUACUCCUGUGAGCUCCUCUACACAGAUGUGAACUGCUGCCAGGGCCGUAGUUCAGGUCCGGUCCAAACCCACAGAACAUGGAGGGAACCUGGUCAGUAACCCUAACCCUGCUUCAGCUGGACUCUGCCGCUCUGCUCUGUUGUCAGUGCGACGCUGCAAUUAGCCUUAUCCCACAUUUGUGUUGACAGUCCUACUGCGUAUUCAACAAAGUGCACACGAUAACGAACAUUUAGCAUCGAAGUCCUCAACAGUUCAAUUGGAAAAUGACUUGAAGAUCCCUUCAUCCUUCCGGUCUGAGCUUCAGUUUCAGUAAACGACAGACUGGACUCUCCGCUGUUUCCUUAUUUAAUAGACGUUCUCUUGUUCGGUUCAUGGAAGACUGUGUGCAUUAACAUUUGGAUGUUGGAGGGUUUGCAUGGGCGUGUGAAUGAGCAAUAAAAUAAAUAAAAAAAACA